UUUGGUCUAAUUAAAUGUUUUGCGAUGCAGCGGCACAAUCUGUUGUUGGUUUCUGCUGUGAUCCUCGGCCUGGCCAGGAUAACCGCAAUGCCAAAUUCUUGCUUGACAACAAGUGAGAAACUUGAAGCGCCCGACUAUUGUCAAGAACAUCAGCCGCAUUUCGCCUGCGAGAGCGAGGAAGAGUGGAGCGAAAAAUGCGGCAAGCCGCGUAAAUUUAUUGAGAUGACGCCGGCAUUGAUUAAGCGCAUCGUGAGGCAACAUAAUGUCUAUCGCAACAUGGUGGCAAAGGGCAAUAUGGCAAGGCUUCCGGCUGCGGCACGCAUGAUGCUAGUCGCCUGGGAUCCGAUUCUGGCUGAUUUGGCCAAGCUGGCCGUGAUGCGCUGCACAAUAGAUCCCAUUGGGAUGAGUUUGUCAACGACACAGGCCUCCAGGCCAGGCUACAAUGCGGUCUUCAGCAAAUAUCCAAAGCAUCAGCAGCAAGACGUACUCAAAAUACUUAACUCACAUUUAAAGGCCUGGUAUGAUCAGUACUAUUAUGUAAACUUGGAGAGCCUAUUGACGGGCAAAUCGGCCGGCGGUCAGGAUAUUUCACACUUUCUGCAACUUAUGACGGGUACAAACACUCGUGUGGGCUGUGCCAUGGCCAGCUUCCAUGAGGGCCUCUGGAAACACCAAUUGAUGAUCUGCCUUUAUGGUUGCAAUAAGCAGAAGGAUCAAUUUGCUUACCGCAUCGGAAAAACGCCUGGCGAUUCGUGCGCUUGCGGCACCGACAGGCAAUACAAGAAUCUUUGCCGGCCCGACAACGACAAUGCAGACUGCGGUUUUAAAAAAGAAGAUGACGAUGAUAUAACCGGGCCAAUAACGACAACAACAACAACAACCAAAAAGCCUAAACAAAAUUGCAAACCGGGUACCAUGCAAGCUGUCCUUGAUUGGUUAUGGGGGUUUUAGGCAAAGUUUCGCUCAAAUGUAAAUACAAAUAAUGUGCAUUAUAAAAAAACGAUGAUAAAUGUGGAAAUUUAAA